CUAAUUGAAAUUAUAUACUAAGUACUAAUUGAAAUUAUUUCAAAUUCAGUGUCAGUUUUGCUUCGUUCUCUUGAUAAUUUCGAAUCACUUUCUAGCCCAUACAAAAUGAAUUCAUUUUUCACCUCAGUUCGAUCUAUGUUAUCGCCGAAAAAAUCUCUGCCAAACGAGAGUCGGAAUGAAGAAAACAAUGAAUUGCCCGAGAGGAUUCCUAAUGAGGAGGCAGAGGGUCAUCGUCAAUCAUCAAGGAAAAAGAAAUUCAGAAGUUUUACCGGCAAACGUAGCUUGAAAAAUAAAUCUUCAUUGCGACCCAGUAAUACGAAUUUACAAGACCAAAGUCACAGUAAUUCUCCUGCUUAUGAAGGGAAAUUUCUGCCAAGAUAUGGAACUCUGCCAUCACGUACGCAUCCAAACCUAAAUUCACAGGGGCGACCGCAAACCAUUAGCAAAGGCCACUCAAUGUCGCCCGGGACGAAAAUGCCAUGCGAAAAUGGCUGGGACAAAAUAUUUCAAGAUCCGAGAUAUCCAUCUACAGUAUCUGGAAAUUCGGUCGUUGAAAGACCAGUAUUCCGAGAGACAAGCGUCAACUUACCUCAACGGUCGGCGCUUCGGCCGGAGGAUUCACGCAGACAGACUCGCUAUGGGAAGAAGCCGGAUAUAUUGGAACUCCUCAGUAAAAACAGUUGCUAUCACGGAACGAUGAGCCGGGAGGCAGCGGACAGGCUGCUGCAGCGGGAGGCCGAGGACGGCUGUUAUCUUGUGCGCCGCUCCACGCAGCGCCACCGCCGACUCGUGCUCUCCAUGUACUCGGAGGGGUUGACGUACCACUUCGCCAUUGAAAUGUACUCGGAGGGGUUGACGUACAACUUCGCCAUUGAAUGUACUGGCGAUGACAGACUGCAGCUGGAGCGAAGCAACCGAGCCUUCGAGAGCCUGGACAAGUUGCUCUCCCACUACCAGCGCCGGGCUAUCAUUAAGGGCUGCUACCUGUCGUCCCCCGUCGUACAGACAAUUACAGACCCAAUUCCCGGUCUGUAA